GGUGUGGAGAGCCACGUGCCACGUGUCUGUAUCUGUGAGUGUGUAUGUGUGCACCUAGACUGCAGGCGAUGAAGAUAGAAGGAGGAGACGCCUUCCAAUUUGUCAAACACGAGGAGUGGUAGGUCGGGCGAGUUUAUUGGUUGCAUCAACUGGGUUCUGGGCUAUAUUCAUGGCUGGAAUCGACUUGGACGUGUCACCAAGAGAACCCGUCUUCAAAACGCUGAGUUCUGACCGAUUAGCAUAUAGACAAUUAUCUCAAAGCAAUACCUUUCUAAAAAAAGCAUUGAAGAUCACGUUGUCUUUUAAGUUAUCCAGCAACUAUAACGCUCAGUGAAUUUCCAUUCACUAAUAAGCAUUACCAAAACUGGGAGUUUUUAAAAUAAGAACAAUUUUGUUCUUCAACUCCAAAAGACAUGUUUGGUUGCUAUAGUAAUUAUUACAAAUUCUUUCUGCUGGUUGCAGUGGGCAGUUGGUGCUGUGGUCAGCCCUUGCAAGCAUUUACUAAUGAAUACUUCACGAAAGAUGUAAGAUACAUGACAAUACCUACACCUUUUCCUAUCAGAAAAGUGAACGAAUCGGAAGUAAUUAGCAUCCAAAGAGGAACCCUGGCCAACAAUCGUACAUUAGUGACCAACACAACUCUGUCAGAUCUGAUGAACGUAGCCCGAAUGAAGCAGAAGAAGAAACGUGAAAGGGUGAGACAAGAGUGGCUCAAAAGAAUCAAGAGUCUCAUACUUCAUGGUGUUGGAAUGUCACGAGAACCAAAUGUUUCAUCGUCGGUAUUCUCGAAGAAAGUACAUCAACGUCUCUCAAACGUUCUGAAAAGAAUUGACAAAACUCAUUCUGAAGAAAACUCAAAAUUUUUCGAAAAACUUCAGAGUUUUUACCCCUCGUGUUCAUUACCGGAGAGUAUUGAUAGGGAUUUGUGGAGUGAUCCUACAACUUUUAAUGUAUACUACACCGUUAACUUUAGACCAACUACCUCACACUCAAAGGUCAAACUAGCCAAGCUACGGUUUUACAAGAACAGAGACUUACAGCCUGAAGACUUAAAACAAAACCUUGCUCUACCUCCUUGGCCACUUAAGCUAUUCAGGCCUCCACCACUCUCCGUGAGGAACACAGGCCUCACAGUCUCCCUCUACCGGUAUAGAAGACCACUUACUAAUAUCUCCAGAGAAGACAACAAGUCGUAUUUGUACUCACGAAUAAUUGCAGCUAACUACCGAGGGUGGAUUAACUUUGACGUUACGUAUUUCUUUCAAAUCUGGUCGAAAAAGCCAGAUUUGAACUACGGUUUCAAAAUUGAAGUUGAAGAUUCCUACGAAGGACGGCACAAUCCGAACUUGUUCUUCGUCAAUAUAAACUGCACUGAUGAAGAGGGACUUCAUUCCACCAACACAACGUCGCUCCAGUCUCCUUUUCCCUACAUAGAAGAGUUAAAUCCGAAUAUGAGAGAGAACGAUUCUGCCGUGUUCGAAGAUGAAACUUUUCCUACCUUAGAUCUUCAGACUGUUGAGGUAUCUCCCGAGUUAAACACCUUUAGACAUCCUCCGUUAACAUCACGUUCAGUUGUUGGCCAAGAAACGAAGAACGUACCUUUCAGCCCUGAUGCUCACCAGGACUGUGACGUCAGUGGAGUCCAACACCCCCUACCGAAACCGGCAAUUUGAGACAAGUAAGAAAACAUCCUGGUAUAUCUAUUACUACAAAAAAAAAAAAGGCCACAUCUUUUUUUAGGAUCUGUUCCUCACCUCAUGGUUCAAGGCUUCAUGUGUGGGUGUGCUCAUUGUCUACUGGAUAAAAUUAUCGUUCUUACCGGGUCACUGUUCAACUAGAUUUGUUGUGCUGCCAUAUAUAACAACUAUUUAAAGAAUAGAAUCGGGUAUUUGUUGUUUAAGGAUAUGAAAACAUUUACAGCGAAAAUGUAGGCUAUUAAUAGAACACUCUGCAGAUUAUUGUAUAAAAUUUUUCACAUGUUACAAUCAUUGUUUUGUUAGCUUCCAUCAGAAACUAACAAUUUUCUAUAUGCUGUAUGUAAUGCAUAUUGUUUUUAUGUAGUAUUUAAUAACACAAAUAUUUAGGUUUUGAAUUUGGUGUUUUCUCUAAAUCGGAUAUUUAAGGUAAUAGUUUAACAGUAGUGUGAUGAAUCUUUCAUCGAGAUUAGUCUCACCAAAAUAAACAUUUGUAUAUCACAUGCAAUUGAUUCGAAACUGUAUACGGAUCAUAUUACGAAAGCAAAUUUUGAUUUGGUAACUGUGAACAA